AUGGGCAGAAGAAAGAUUGCCAUUGAGCCCUUGACUGACGACCGCAACAGAACUGUCACGUUUGUCAAGAGAAAGGCUGGCCUCUUUAAGAAAGCUCACGAAUUGGCUGUGCUUUGUCAGGUCGACCUUGCUGUGAUCAUCGUGGGGAAUAACAAUAAGAUUUAUGAGUUUUCGUCGGUGGAUACGCCUGAGCUCAUCAAGAGCUAUGGCCAUUGCGAUAUCCACGAACAGAAACUGCCUGAAAACUAUGGCAAUUACAAGAAGAAGUCCCAUGUUCACUUAAGGGACCGGAGCCAUAGAGACUCCAGGCCUCCGCUUCUGCCUAAACAGGAGCUCCCCGAUGUGCCUGUGGAUGAUGCUGAUUCAGAUUACGAUUCCGAGUCUCCUGAGCCUAAACGCCAUAAACCGCUGAAACCGUCCCGCCAGUCGACUCCUUCGUCCAUGUACUCGUCUAAACAACUGGUGGGCUCACGAAUGUCUCAGUUUGCCGAUGCUCCAAAGGAUAAACCUCUGCAAAGACCGGUUUUGAGGGUUCAGAUCCCUUCGGACGCUAAGAACUCGAGCAGCAACGACUCGGCAAAGACAAUCACCGCUUUGGAUACUAGUGAGAAGAAGCCACACAUCAAGGAGGAGAAUAAUGGUCUGCAAGCGGGACGUUUCGAGGCAUUUUCUAAAUCAAAGGCUGCUCAGCUGAAAACCACUCCUCAGCUUCCGGUGCCUGCAAUAAGCAAAUCCCAAACCCUGAGCCCUUCAUCUGCCAUGGCUCCACAACUUCCGAGAAAUUCUGGUAUCCCGUUCUUUUCUUCCAUACCUCAGGCCUCUCCUGGCCUGUAUCAGCCUGCCAUAUUGCCUACACCAGUACUAAACCAAGUGUUUAAUCAGCAGUAUAUGGGCCAGGUGAGUGCUACAGCCCAUGGAGAGAACACUACAAACGAAGAAGGUGCUAACAAUAAUAACGAAAACGAUGACCCGCAGAAAUAUAAACCUACUUUCCCGCCCCAGUUUGCUAACCCAGAACAAACACCCAUGUCGGCUCUUCCGUCGCGGUACGUUAACGAUAUAUUUCCUUCACCGUCUAAUUUGUACCCUCUGCAAGACUGGCCUCUGGCCAACGGUACCCAGAAGAGUAUCGACAUUGAUGACGAGCACAAGUUGCGUGCUUUCUACGAGAAGCGUAUGGGUCAGGAAGUCGAGGGUGACCUUGUGAGCGAUGAGUUCAAGGGUUACAUCUUCAAGAUCACUGGUGGUAACGACAAGCAGGGUUUCCCAAUGAAGCAGGGUGUCUUGCACCCAACCAGAGUCAGAUUGUUGUUGUCUGAGGGCCACUCUUGUUACAGACCAAGAAGAUCUGGUGAGAGAAAGAGAAAGUCCGUUAGAGGCUGUAUCGUCAACCAGGACUUGUCUGUCAUUGCUCUUGCUGUUGUCAAGCAGGGUGACCAGGACAUUGAGGGUUUGACCGACACCACCACCCCAAAGAGAUUGGGUCCAAAGAGAGCCAACCACAUCAGAAAGUUCUUUGGUUUGACUAAGGAGGACGACGUCAGAGACUACGUUGUCAGAAGAACCGUCGAGAAGAACGGUAAGACCUUCACCAAGGCUCCAAAGAUCCAGAGAUUGAUCACUCCUCAGACCUUGCAGAGAAAGAGAGCUUUGAAGGCCAAGAAGAUCAACAAUGCUAGACAGCAGAGAGACGCUGCCGCUGAGUACGCUCAGUUGUUGGCUCAGCGUUUGCACGAGCGUAAGGCUGAGAGAGCCGAAAUCAAGAAGAGAAGAGCUUCCUCUUUGAAGGCUUAA